CCGAGAUCAGGGCUUCUCUGAUACAUAUAUAAGUGAGGUCAGAGGAGAAGGGAGACCCAACGAAAACUAGUCGCUUUCGUCUUGGUAUCUCCCAUCCCAGCCAUGAAGUCAAUCGCUAUCUCUCUCGCUCUGGCGUCUGCCGCGACCGCGCGGACGAUGACUGUGUACAACGCAUGCCCGUUCACUAUCUGGCCUGCGUACUUCACCAGUGCUGGAGGUACUCCCAACUAUCCUACGGGAUGGGCCGCUGGUGCCUUCAGCGCAGUCACUUUCGACAUCCCGAAUGAUUGGAACGGACGUAUCUGGGGUCGUCGCAACUGCGAUUUCUCGAACAACCCGGGCCCCAACUCCUGCCUGGAUGGGGGCUGCAACGGUGGAUUGCUCUGCGAUCGUGCCACUGGCACUGGUGUUCCGCCUGCGUCAUUGGCGGAGUUCAACCUCGGGGCGAACGGCGGAAGCACCGAUUACUACGAUGUCUCCGUCGUCGAUGGAUACAACCUCCCCGUUCGGAUCGACAACACGGCAGGCUGCGCUCUCUCUGAGUGUCCCGUUGACCUUGGGCCCAACUGCCCCGCUGAGCUCAAAGGACCAUUCGAUUCAUCUGGCUUUCCCGUCGGAUGCAAGAGCCAAUGCUAUGUUGACGCGCUCAACGGCCAUCCGAACGACAACCCCAGCUGCUGCAGUGGAAUUCAUGACACGCCUGCUACUUGCCCGUCUUCCGGUGUUGGACAUUACUCCUACUUCAAACAAGCCUGCCCAUUGGCUUACGCUUAUGCUUACGACGAUCUGACCUCGCUCUUCACCUGCCCGACUGGUGCUCAGCCGUCGUAUACUGUCACCUUUUGCCCUGCCUCGUAAGGAGCCACAAGUAUCGAUUGAUCCCCAUGGAUAACCGAGUACAUACCAACUUCAUACGCAACAUUGAAUACAAAUCACCUGGCCAUUGAAGCCAUCUCUUUAUCCGAUCUUAACGACGAAACACUGACGCGAACAAGACCCGACGGGAUCUGCUUCCCGCUGAUGUAAACCAGCGCAUUCAUUUCGAAAACACGUGCCUCGCAUUUUGCAAACAGCCAUGUCGGAACCGGGAUCACGAAAGGGCACGACCAGCUACGAUGUUG